UAUUAUUUUUAAUUAUUGCUGCUCUCGUUUUUCUCUCUGAUUAGUUAUUAUAUGUAGAUGCGUGGUGUUCAGAAAUUUUAAUCAAAUACGAAGCGUGCAAUAAAUCACACGUUUGAUUUCGGAAAUACCGCUAAGAGUGUGACUGUGUGAGAAUGUACUAAUUUAUCUGCUGAAUGAUGUUUUCUAUUUGAUGUUGUUAAUAUACUUAGGUUUAUGAAAGUAUCCCUUUGGUUUCCAGUAGAGAGGUGGGUGGCCUAGGCAAUUUUUUUUAUUAAAUCAGAUAAUCUCGUAUCUAAGCUAGUUAAUUUUGGGAAAGGGAUAUCACCGAUUUUUUAUACCAGUGGAAGGCCAUUCUGCUUGAUUACGCCUAGGAUGAGUUGGAACUGAUUGCUUGUUGGGCUUAUUUUGAAAUAUGCGCAGCAGCAGCCACAGAGUUUAGGAAUGGAUGGUUUUGGAGUUCCACCAUCGCAAUACAAUCCUCUUGAUGAGCCAAGUCCGUUGGGUUUGCGACUAAGGAAAAGCCCAUCAUUACUGGAGUUGAUUCAAAUGAAACUGUCCCACUCCUCUGUGCCUAAAGUCGGAACUCCUAGUAAUAGUAAAAAGGAGUCCUCCAGAGCUGCUGGGGGAUCUGGUGAUAAGUUGAAGGCCUCCAAUUUUCCUGGUUCAGUUCUAAGAAUCGGGACCUGGGAGUAUAAAUCAAGAUAUGAAGGAGACUUGGUGGCAAAAUGUUAUUUUGCCAAGCAUAAGCUGGUGUGGGAAGUUCUCGACGGGGGUCUUAAGAAUAAAAUUGAAAUUCAGUGGUCUGAUAUUAUGGCAUUGAAGGCAAAUUAUAGUGAUGAUGCUCCUGGAACUUUAGAUGUUGUGCUGGCACGACAGCCUCUUUUCUUUAGGGAGACCAAUCCACAACCUAGGAAGCACACUCUUUGGCAAGCAACAUCAGAUUUUACUGGUGGACAAGCUAGUAUAUGCAGACAACACUUUUUGGAAUGCCCACAAGGCUUGUUGGGGAAACACUUUGAAAAACUCAUUCAGUGUGAUCCCCGCUUGAACUUUCUUAGUCAGCAAGGGGAAACUAAAUUAGAAUCUCCAUAUUUUGAACCCCGGAUUCCUGCUUUUGACGAUCAGACUGAGGACAAUCAUGAAUUAGAUUUGAAUAGGGAGGGAAGCCCUUCCUUCUUCAGCUUGCAGGAUACUGCUUCACCGGCAGGGCCUCAAUCUUCAUCCUCAAAGAAUGAUGUAGAUGUUCUUGGCAGACAUUCGGAAUCUUACCCCUGUGAAACACCAUCUCCAAGCUCAGCUAGGGGCGCAUUGACCGUUGAAGAUAUCAAAAACAGCAGAAUUGAUCAACUGAAGGAGUUCAGUAAUUGGGAUCGGAUCAAAGCCCCUGGUCUCCACACUUCUAUGUCUAUGAGCGACUUAGUGAGCCAUCUCGAGAAUCGGAUAUCAGAACAGGGUACCUCUGAGAAUCCUACACUCUCAAGCGAGGAAUGGCAGAGCCUCCAAAUCUUGGAUGACAUCAAACAGUGCUUGUUUAGUGAAACUCAGCACUUGCCAGACUCAUAUGAGAAAUCACUCAUGUCUAGGGUUGAUUCUCUUUGCUGCCUCCUGCAGAAAGACACCCCUGCAGGUUCCAGCGCUCAGCUCAGAAGGGACAACAGCCUCAAUCUUUCAUUGAUGCAGAAAGGAGAAGAUGAAUUGAGUAGUGAUGGUUCAUUGUCUAUGGACAAGAAGGCUGGAGAUAGCAAUAACGAAGAUGUCUCGGGCCCUAACCAGGCGUCGUCCAUGUCGAGGAAAGACUCUGUUGGAGAGCUGCUGCUUAAUCUCCCUAGGAUAGCUUCUCUACCACAGUUCUUAUUCAACAUUUCUGAAGAUUAUGAAAACCAAGCUCGAUGAUGCACACUAGUUGGAGAUGGAUGCACGUGUGUACAUGGGUGUGUAGUCGGUAUGUAUGGUGCCAACAAUCUGUGUAGUUUGAGGGUUCGGAAAUAAGAUUGAUGAUGAAUCCUGUAAUUAGUUAUGUUUUGAAGUUGGCAUUUAGAUACUCUCUGCUUCUGCUGGUUGAUAAAUAUCCUGCUGCAAAUUUGCACUUCCUAAUCCUGAAAUCAUACUUUUGCACCAAUGCAUACUGUUGUACGUCUGUAAGAAUAUUAACACAGUGUCUAAUAUUAUAUGCCUAUGAUUGUGA